CCUCCCCAAAUUCUGAGUUUCCCUCCUCAAUAGGCCUAAGUAUUUCCAUCCCUCUCCCAAAUCUCCAAAAUUUGGAAUCGAUUUUGCUAAAACUCAAAAACCCAUUCGAACCUAAUGCAAAAUUCAAAAGCGCGACUCUAAUCCAUGAACAAUAGGAGAGACUUUGGAAUUGAAAAUUUAUUUGAAAUUAAGGUAGCUUGUUUUGCAUAGAAUCGUCGGGAAUCAUUUUAGAUUAUUGUGCCGUAAUAGAUUAUCGAACGGUAAACCGUGUUAGACUAUCGAACGACUUGGUGAAAGGCUAUGGCUGGGGGAAAUCGUGGAACAGGGCGCAGGGGUAGACCAACCUUAAGUGCGCGUGCUGGUGGGAGAACUCCAUUAGUUGUUAGGAGUGAGCCUGUUAAUCGAGAUGAGGUUGAGGUGGAUGAUGUUCAAAAUGAGUCAUUGGACUCUUCUGCAAGGAAUCAUGAUCAACAUAAUACAAAUGUUGGACAAAGUCAACAGUUGGGGCAACAAAAUCAACCAAAUUUCAUGGAAAUUAUGCAGACUAUGGCAAAGACUAUGGCUGAACAACAAGAGUUAGUCAAGUCCUUGGCAGAGCAACAAGCAAGGGUAAUUGCAGAGCAGCAGGAAAAGAGUACCUUCACAGAAGCAUUCCUUAAGGAGUAUCUACCUGAAAGUGACAGACAUGAGAUGCAGCAAAAAUUUCAUACCCUUGUCCAAGGUGACAAGUUUAUGAAGGAAUAUGAGAAGGAAUUCAACCAGCUUUUAAAGUUUGCUCCUCUGGCUACUCAAAAGGAUGAGGAAUCUAGGAGGUUGAAAUUUCUCUAUGGGCUAAAUCCACAUAUUCUGUCUGAGGUUCAAAAAUUUGAAGUAAGUACAUAUUCUACAACAGUUAACAAAGCUAAAGUGAUAGAGCAAGGUCAGAAAGUGGUUAUGGCGGCAGAGGAGAGUAGUGUUGGCACUAAGAAACAGAAAUGGAUGGGUGCCUUAAGCGGGAAAGAUUCCACUAAUCACAGUUUUAUGCAGAGCAAAAGACAAAACACAGGAUUUUCUGGAAUCGAAUGCACCAGGGGGAAAUCCAAUUGUAUUCAUGCAAGGUACCCACCAAAUUCAUGUUUCAAAUGUGGGCAACAGGGACAUAAGGCCAUUAAUUGUCCUCAAGGUAGACAAAACACCCAGGUUACUCAACGUGUUUCAGCUAAACAAUCAGUUGCCAGUGAGAGAGCAUCUACUGCAGGUUCAAGUAAAGGAGUAAGUCAGAAACCUCCAGUUCAAGGUCGUGUUUUUGCUUUGACUCAACAGGAUGCGCGAGCAUCUAAUGAUGUAGUGACGGGGAGACAACUUCCUGCCAAUUUAAUUAUUCUUGAUAUGCAUGAUUUUGAUAUUAUUUUGGGAAUGGACUGGCUUGCUCAAAAUUAUGCUAAUUUGGAUUGUCAUGGUAAAAGGUUAGAAUUUCGAAUUCCUAGACAACAGGAAUUUAGUUUUGUAGAUGAAUUGUCUGAAUUACCACCUAAUAGGGAAGUGGAAUUUUCUAUUGAUUUGGUUCCUGGAAUAGCUCCAAUCUCUAAGGCUCCAUAUAGGAUGGCCCCUACAAAACUCAAGGAGCUAAAGGAGCAAUUGCAAGAGCUGUUGGAUAAAGGUUUUAUAAGGCCGAGUGUGUCACCUUGGGGUGCUCCUGUGUUAUUUGUGAAAAAAAAGGAUGGAACCAUGAGACUCUGUAUUGACUAUAGAGAGUUGAACAAGGUGACAGUACGUAACAGGUAUCUUUUGCCUAGAAUUGAUGAUCUUUUUGAUCAGCUGGUGGGAGCUCAAGUUUUCUCUAAAAUUGACUUGAGAUCUGGAUACCAUCAAUUGAAGAUCAAGGGAGAGGAUAUUCCUAAAUCAGCCUUCAGAACCUGCUAUAGGCAUUAUGAAUUUUUGGUGAUGCCAUUUGGGUUAACUAAUGCUCCUGCAGCGUUCAUGGAUUUAAUGAAUAGGGUGUUUAAGCCUUACUUAGAUAAAUUUGUUGUGGUGUUCAUUGAUGAUAUUUUGGUGUACUCUCGAAGUAUAGCAGAACAUGAAGAACAUUUACGGCUAGUUUUACAAGUUCUAAGGGAGAAAAAGCUUUAUGCAAAGCUGAAGAAAUGUGAGUUUUGGUUGAAUAGUGUUGCAUUUUUAGGACAUGUAGUGUCUAAGGAUGGAAUUUCAGUAGAUCCGGAAAAGGUUAAAGCAGUGGUAGAAUGGAGUAGACCUACUAAUGUGACUGAAGUUCGGAGCUUCUUGGGCUUAGCUGGGUAUUAUAGAAGAUAUGUGGAGGGAUUUUCUCGUAUUGCAAUUCCAUUAACUCAAUUAACGCAAAAGGGUGUGAAGUUUGAGUGGACAGAUGAAUGUGAACAAAGUUAUCAAGAGUUGAAGAGUAGAUUGGUCUCAGCACCUAUUCUGACCAUUCCUGAUGAUAAUGGUGGUUUUACAAUUUUCAGUGAUGCUUCAAUGAAAGGGUUGCGUUGUGUUUUGAUGCAACAUGGCAAGGUGGUAGCUUAUGCCUCAAGACAGUUGAAACCAUAUGAGAGGAAUUAUCCAACUCAUGAUCUCGAACUAGCAGCAGUUGUUUUUGCUCUUAAAAUUUGGAGACAUUAUUUAUAUGGUGAGAGGUGUGAGAUAUUUACUGAUCAUAAAAGUUUAAAAUAUAUUUUCACACAAAAGGAGUUGAAUAUGAGACAGAGGAGAUGGUUGGAGUUACUAAAGGAUUAUGAUUUGGUAAUCAAUUACCAUCCUGGGAAAGCUAAUGUGGUAGCUGACGCAUUGAGUAGAAAGAACCAUAGUAUGCUAGCUGUUUUAAUUACUUCUCAAAGGUAUAUCUUGGAAGAUUUGAUUAAGAUGGAUGUUAGAGUAUAUAGGCAUGACUUAGAUGCACUUUUGGCUAGUUUGCAAGUCCAGCCGACCUUGAUCGAGAAGAUAAAGAUUGCCCAGUUGGAUGAUCCAUUUCUGCAGCAAAUGAGAAAAAAGGUGGAGUCCAAUGAUCCCAAAUUGGAAUCUUUUAAGAUUCAUGAAGAUGGUUCUAUUAGGCACGGUGAUCGAAUUUGUGUUCCUAAUGAUUCAGAGUUAAAGGAGGUUAAGAGUGAGCAUCAAAGACCAGCUGGCAAGUUGCAGCCACUUCCUAUUCCAGAGUGGAAGUGGGAACAUAUAACCAUGGACUUUGUCACUGGUUUUCCUGCAACAAAAAAUGGAAAUGAUUCUAUUUGGGUUAUUGUUGAUAGGUUAACCAAGUCUGCCCAUUUUCUUCCCUAUAAAACAAGAAUGCAAAUAGAAGGAUUUGCAAAGUUAUACUUAAAAGAGAUUGUGAGGUUGCAUGGGAUACCGGUGUCUAUGGUUUCAGAUAGAGAUUCUCGUUUUGUUUCUCAUUUAUGGGGCAGCAUACACAAUGCUUUAGGAACAACUCUUAAUUUUAGCACCGCUUAUCAUCCACAAACAGAUGGACAAUCUGAAAGAACCAUUCAGACUUUGGAAGACAUGUUGAGAGCAUGCGUAAUUGAUAAGGAAAAUUCUUGGGAUCAUCAUUUACCUCUCCUAGAAUUUGCUUAUAAUAAUAGUUACCAUGCAAGUAUUAAGAUGGCUCCAUAUGAGGCUUUGUAUGGGAGGAGGUGCAAGUCUCCAAUAUGUUGGACAGAUGUUGGGGAAAGGAGUUUGUUGGGCCUAGAGUUGAUCCAGCAAGCUACAGAGAAAGUUCAUCUUAUACGAGAGCAUCUUCGUGUUGCACAAAGUAGGCAAAAGAGUUAUGCAGAUAAUCGGAGACAUGAUUUAGAAUUUGCUGUGAGAAAGAAGGUAUUUUUGAAGGUGUCACCUACUAAAGGUGUUGUGAGGUUCGGUAUUCGAGGGAAGCUUAGCCCUCGCUUUAUUGGUCCCUUUGAGAUUUUAGAAAGGGUUGGAGAAGUGGCUUAUAGGUUGGCAUUGCCGCCGAAUUUAUCGGAGGUGCAUAAUGUUUUUCAUGUAUCAAUGCUAAGGAAGUAUGUUCCAGACCUUAGUCAUGUGAUUGAGCAUGUUCCAAUCCAGUUGAGAGAAGACCUCUCCUAUGAAGAACAACCAAUUUGUAUUGUUGACCGAAAGGAGCAAGUGUUGAGAAGACGUGUUAUACCCUAUGUUAAGAUUCAAUGGAGUAAUCAUACAGAGCGAGAAGCAACAUGGGAGUUGGAGGAAGAUGCUAGGAAAAAAUACCCGCAACAUUUUGAUGAACAAGUUUUGAGUUUAAGGACUAAACUCUUUUAAGAGGGGAAGAAUGUAAUACCCAUAAUUUUUAUUAUUGCUAUUAUUAUUUAAUUCCUUAAGGAUGUGUAUGCAAUAAGGUGGAAAUAUGAGGACUUAUGUGUAUAAUGGUAAUAAAGAUGAAGGAGUGGC